CAUGUCUCUACAUAUCUACAGCAUUCUACAUCACCCCCAUGUCUCUACAUAUCUACAGCAUUCUACAUCAUCCCCCAUGUCUCUACAUAUCUACAUCAUCCUCCAUGUCUCUACAUAUCUACAGCAUUCUACAUCACCCCCAUGUCUCUACAUAUCUACAGCAUUCUACAUCACCCCCAUGUCUCUACAUAUCUACAGCAUUCUACAUCACCCCCAUGUCUCUACAUAUCUACAGCAUUCUACAUCACCCCCCAUGUCUCUACAUAUCUACAGCAUUCUACAUCACCCCCAUGUCUCUACAUAUCUACAGCAUUCUACAUCACCCCCAUGUCUCUACAUAUCUACAGCAUUCUACAUCACCCCCCAUGUCUCUACAUAUCUACAGCAUUCUACAUCACCCCCCCAUGUCUCUACAUAUCUACAGCAUUCUACAUCACCCCCAUGUCUCUACAUAUCUACAGCAUUCUACAUCACCCCCAUGUCUCUACAUAUCUACAGCAUUCUACAUCACCCCCAUGUCUCUACAUAUCUACAGCAUUCUACAUCACCCCCCAUGUCUCUACAUAUCUACAGCAUUCUACAUCACCCCCCCAUGUCUCUACAUAUCUACAGCAUUCUACAUCAUCCCCCAUGUCUCUACAUAUCUACAGCAUUCUACAUCACCCCCAUGUCUCUACAUAUCUACAGCAUUCUACAUCACCCCCCAUGUCUCUACAUAUCUACAGCAUUCUACAUCACCCCCCAUGUCUCUACAUAUCUACAGCAUUCUACAUCACCCCCGUCUCUACAUAUCUACACCACCCCCGUCUCUACAUAUCUACAGCAUUCUACAUCACCCCCGUCUCUACAUAUCUACAGCAUUCUACAUCACCCCCGUCUCUACAUAUCUACAGCAUUCUACAUCACCCCCCAUGUCUCUACAUAUCUACAGCAUUCUACAUCACCCCCGUCUCUACAUAUCUACAUCACCCCCGUCUCUACAUAUCUACAGCAUUCUACAUCACCCCCGUCUCUACAUAUCUACAUCACCCAUGUCUCUUCAUAUCUACAUCACCCCCAUCUCUACAUAUCUACAGCAUUCUACAUCACCCGUCUCUACAUAUCUAUAUCACCCCCGUCUCUACAUAUCUACAGCAUUCUACAUCACCCCCGUCUCUACAUAUCUACAUCACCCCCGUCUCUACAUAUCUACAUCACCCCCGUCUCUACAUAUCUACAUCACCCCCGUCUCUACAUAUCUACAUCACCCCCGUCUCUACAUAUCUACAGCAUUCUACAUCACCCCCAUCUCGUAAAAACAUCAGCAGGGACAUUUCCAACCCAUGAUCUCAUUGUAAGGGAAUUUCCAGCUGUGGUUUCACCCAAGGCUUGACUUUCAAACUAAGUGUUCGGUGCUGAACCUUAGCAUGUCACUUAGCAUAUGACUAGAGAUGUGAGAAUGGGUUUUUUCCAGCAAUGAGGUGUACGUACAUGCUCUAGCUUAUUCAGUCAAACAGCUGAAGGUGAACUUCCUCUCUCUCAGACCUACUGCUCUAUAUCAUCUAACCACCUGACCAUGAGCUUCCUGAGUUCUAGUUGGAACAGCUGAAGGUGUGCACAUCCUGUGGAACAAG